CAUCCCUUCAACCCAAAACAAAAAAAAAACUUGGCCCAUCCCCCUCUUCUCACUCACCUCCUCCCUCCUCUCUCUCACGAUGCCAUUGAGCAGCCCCGCACCCGCACCGCCGUUACAACCGCAGCCUCCUUCCUCGCCGCCGUCACUCGUUGAUUUCGCAGUCGCAGAGAUAGAGAGGAUUCUAACCGAAAACAAUGGCAAGGGCUUUGGGUAGCACAGUUGAUGGACUUCGAAACUCUUCCUUACUCAGAUUUUCACUUAGCUUUAUCAGAACUCUUUCUACAUCUUCUCCAUCAUCUACUGCUGCUGCUGCUGCUGCUGAUACUAACAAACCUAAGAAAUCAAAGCGAAAAAAGAAGAACUUGUUUGAGGUGGCUCAAUUCUUACCUACCUGGGGAAUAGGCUAUCACAUGGCCAAGACUCAUUGGAAAGAAAUUACUUAUGAAAUCACAAAAAUAAAUCUCUACAAGGAUGGGAAACAUGGCAAGGCAUGGGGCAUUGCUCAUAAAAAUGGCUUGCCAAUUGCAGAUCCAAAGAAGAUCAGUGGAGUUCACAAGCGUUGUUGGAAGUACCUCCCAGGUGUUGCAAAAGCAUCAGAAAGCUCACCAAACUUAACAAGUCCUACAGACAGUGGCGAAAAAGUUGAAGUCCAAGCAAGUUGAUGCUUUCUAGUGACUUUAGGUUCUAGGUUCAACUUGAUUUUCAUUUGGCAUAGUUGUUUUUGACUGUGGUAGAAUUUUAGUCAACCAUAAAAUAUACCUUCACAACCAUGUAAGGUUCUCGUGCUUCUUUCUUUUAGAUUUUUGAUUGAAAUGUGGUUUGAGAGAUUUAAAUUUUAGUAAAUCUUUAUAUUCAACGAGUUGUUUGUGUUA